UAUAGAAACUUCUUUGGACUGUCUUUAGGCAGAUUGUAUCCCCAAGAAAUACUUUUAACAGGAGACCCAAAAAGGACUAAUGAACGCAUCCAGAGGACCAACCAUCAACUCCGUUAGCCACUUUGUCCUUCUGGGCUUUCCCUCAAGCCCAGAAAUGCAGCUCCUCUUCUUUGGACUCUUCUCAGUAGCCUACACUCUGACUCUGAUGGGGAACGCAGCCAUAGUCUGUGCUGUGCGGUGGGACCAGCGCCUUCACACCCCCAUGUACAUCUUCCUGGGGAAUUUCUCUUUCCUGGAAAUAUGUUAUAUCUCCACAACUGUCCCUAACAUGUUGGCCAACUUCCUCUCCACAAGCAAGACCAUCUCCUUUGUGGGCUGUUUCACACAGGUCUAUUUCUUCUUCUCCUUUGGGUGUGAUGAGGGCUUCUAUCUUUGCAUCAUGGCCUUUGACAGGUGCCUUGCCAUCUGCCGUCCUCUGCAUUAUCCACGCAUCAUGACUAAAGAGCUGUACACUGGCCUCAUCAUCUUUGGUUGGUCAUGUGGGUUCAUCCUCUUCCUAACCCCAGGUGUUCUUAUUUCACAGUUGCCUUAUUGUGGCCCAAACAUCAUCAAUCAUUUCAUGUGUGAUCCUGUCCCUUUGAUGAUGCUGUCCUGUUCUGAAGAUAACACCACACAGCUUAUUUACUCUACUUUCAAUGUUAUCUUCAUCACUAGUGCCUUUCUCUUUAUCCUUUGCUCCUAUGCUCUGGUAAUUCUGACUGUGCUACAAAUGCCCUCAGCUGAAAGCAAACACAAGUCUUUCUCCACUUGUGCUUCUCAUCUGGCUGUGGUGUUCUUGUUUUUUGGUUCUGUUAUAGUGAUGUAUGUUAGCCCUAGUUCAGGACACCCAGUGAGAAUGCAAAAAAUUGUGACCCUGUUUUAUUCUGUAAUAACACCUCUCUGCAAUCCUCUAAUUUAUAGCCUUAGGAACAAGGAGAUGAAGGCUGCUUUGAGGAAAGUCUUUGGGUCUGAAAGACUUGUCCAUAAAACAUAA